UAAGAUGAUAAGAAACUAAUGCUGUAUUUACAGUGCAUAGUGUCAAUAAAUUAUAUUAUAAUAACAUUAUUUUAAUUUAUGUCUUAUUAGAUAUACAUUCAGUAUUAUGACUAUAUUUAAGAAUAAAUAUUUUGCAAUAAUUUGUGGAACUUUUGCAUCGACUUCUAGCUUAUUUGGAAAAGCAGUAAGUUUAGUAGAAAACAAUGAUUAUCAGGGCUUAUUUUUGAAGGGUAUUUUAAUAUGCUUUAUGAUAUUAUGCAAUAUGGCUAUGUGGACAUUUUACUUAAAAGCUUUAAAUGCAUCCUGUAACACAAUCGUCCCAACAGUUACUAGUGCGGCUGCUAACUACAUAUUAUCUGCACUAUUUGGGUACUAUGUAUUUGAUGAAUCUAUGUCAUAUUUAUGGUGGCUUGGCUUUCUUCUAAUAAUAUUUGGAUUGUAUUUAAUAUGUGCAAAUUAUCAAGAGGAUCCCCAUUUGAACAAUAAAUCGGAAUAAAUUUGUAAGUAAUGUCAUUA